AACAGCUUUUUACAAAGGAUCAAAGGGUCCAUUUUAUUUGAAAGGAUGAGUUAUCAACUUUAUCGCAAUACAACAUUAGGAAACAGUUUACAAGAGAGUUUGGACGAACUCAUUCAGUCUCAGCAAAUAAGCCCACAGUUAGCAYURCAAGUGYUACUCCAGUUUGACAAGGCAAUCAAUCAUGCCCUAUCAAACAAAGUAAAAAACAAGAUCAAUUUUAAAGGUCACCUAAACACUUACAGAUUUUGUGAUAAUGUCUGGACAUUUGUUCUUACAAGUGUAGACUUCAGAGAUUUAGGAGAAAUUGUGAAAGCAGAUAAAGUAAAAGUAGUUGCAUGCGAUGGAAAAGGGUCAGCCACUGCCGAUACAAGUGCUUCAUAGUGGUGUUAAGGGCAUUUACAAACUUCAUGUACGAUAAUAACAUUUACUUUUUGUAAAAUAUGUAAACUAUU